AUGAAGUGGCUGCUCUUUGCAUUUGCUUGCCUUCAGGUCUCUGAGUGCAUUGUCAGGGAAGUGAAACUAUUUAAGGGUAAGUCAGUCCGUGGUAUCUUGGAAGAACGUGGUCUACUCAAGGACUUUUUAAAAGAACAUGGACACAAUCUGUGCUCAAAAUACCUCAGACCAUCCCAGGUGGACACAUCAGCUGCGACAGAAUCACUCAUAAACAGCCUGGAUCUGUCAUACUUUGGAACAAUCAGCAUUGGGAGUCCACCUAAUAGUUUCACCAUUAUCUUUGAUACAGGCUCUGCAAACCUUUCGGUUCCCUCUGGUUACUGUUCCAGUCCAGCAUGCGAUGAUCAUCGCAAGUUUAAUCCACAAGCGUCCUCAACAUUCCAGCUUUCAAACAGAUAUGUUUCCAUUCAAUAUGGUACAGGCAGCAUGACUGGUGUUCUGGGAUAUGAUACAGUCAGAGUAUCCAGCAUUGAUAUCACCCACCAGGAAUUUGGCUUAAGUACAAGAGAGCCAGGAUCUUUCCUUUACUAUGCCAGGUUUGAUGGAAUUCUGGGAUUGGCGUAUCCAAAUAUCGCUGCAUCGGAUGCCACCACUGUCUUCGAUAACAUGAUGUCUCAACAUCUGGUGGAGCAGCCUCUGUUCGCUUUUUACCUGACCAGUGCAAUCCUACUUUACAAAGAAGCAAAUCAUUCAUUAAUCGCAGGUAUAAAACCAUCUAGACUGCAUGAGUCUCCAGCACAGCUGAAGAAAUUGUGCAAAUCGCUUCUGCUGGCCACAGGUUUCUGCGAUCAUACAGCAAGCAGCAACAUGAAGUGGUUAAUCAUUUCACUGAUGUGUAUCCAGCUCUCUGAGUGUCUCCACAGGGUGCAUUUGCACAGGGGAAAGUCGAUCCGGGAAGUCCUGAAGGAGAAUGGGGAGCUGAAACAUUUCUUAGGAACUCACAGAUAUGAUCCUGCCUUGAAAUACCGAGCUUUGUACCCUGACUACCAAUAUCAGACUGGGAAUGAACCGCUUCUCGAUUACACGAACAGUUUAUACUAUGGCUCCAUUACUGUGGGUACCCCACCCCAGAGCUUUACUGCCCUGUUUGACACUGGAUCGUCUAACCUUUGGGUGCCAUCCAUCUACUGCAACAGUCCACCAUGCAGGAAUCAUGCACGAUUUAAUCCAACCCAAUCCUCAACAUUCACUUCAAGUGGACAAACGUUCAGCAUCAGUUAUGGCUCCGGUAGUAUGUCUGGAUAUCUCGGGUAUGAUACAGUGAAUGUUGCUGGCAUUUCCAUUCCAAACCAAGAACUUGGUCUCAGUGAAAGCGAACCGGGCAGUAAUUUUUAUUAUGCUCCAUUUGAUGGAAUCCUCGGUCUGGCAUACCCGCUUCUCUCAGCAGGAGGGUCUACGCCUGUGUUUGACAACAUGCUAAAAGACAACUUAUUGGAAGAGCCUCUGUUCUCGGUCUACUUGGGAAGUAAUCCAAAUAGUCAAGAUGGAGGUGAAGUGCUAUUUGGAGGGAUUGACGAUGGAUUAUACUCAGGUCAGCUUCAGUGGGCUCCUGUUAUUCAAGAAGUGUACUGGAACAUUGCCAUACAAGGUGUGCUUAUCAAUGGAAACCCUUUCUUCUGUUCUCAAGGCUGCCAAGCUAUAGUUGACACUGGAACAGCACUAAUCACAGUUCCAUAUGAAUACUUCAGAACAUUGUUAGAGGAAGUUGGUGCAUCAUACGAGAAUGAUGAGUUUGUUGUCAACUGCGACUACAUCGCAGACAUGCCGCCUUUGACCUUUGUAAUCAAUGGAGCUGAGUUCACACUUUCACCAUCAGCAUAUGUCCUUCAGAACGAUGGGUAUUGUACUGUUGGGGUUGAACCAACGUACCUCCCUGCCCCUACCGACGAUGGGCCGUUGUGGAUUCUGGGUCAAGUCUUCCUCAGAAGUUUCUAUUCUGUUUUUGACAGGGGGAACAACAGAAUAGGAUUCGCUCCAAUCGCCUAGGCAGCACUUGUACAAAUCCAGUUUGAUAUUUCAGCAUAUAAAGCAGGACUUUUUAAGCCAUUCAUUUCUUUGGUCCAAUAAGCUACUAUCCUUUUGACAUAUUGGUUUCACUAGUAAUGAAAAUCAGUAAAUUUUGAUAAGAGGCAGCAGAUCUGCAAUAAUAUUUUACAGACGAGUAUCAAGGUGCAAGUCUACCCCUAUUUAAUUUAUAGUAGAUGGAUGGCAAGCAUUUACUCAAGGUUAAUGGGUUUGUACUGGGUUAUAUUGUACUCAGAGGUUUGUCAUUUAAUCUCUCUGUCUUCCUCCCUUUAUCUGGCCCCAUACUUGCUGAAAGCCUGCUACACACAAUCCCUACAGUGCAGAUAAAGGCCAUCCUGCACCAACCCUCCCAAAGCAUCCUACCCAGACCCACAGCUGCACCCUAUCCCUGCAACCCCACAUUUAGCAUGGCCAAUCUACCUAACCUGCACAUUUUUGGACUGUGGGAGGAAACCGGAGCGCCCAGCAGAAACCCACACAGACACGGGGAGAAUGUGCAAACUGCACACAGGCAGCCACACAAGGCUGGAACCGAACCCCUGUCCCUGGCACUGUGUGGCAACAGAGAUAACCGCUCAGCUAUUGAUGCUGCCCCAUAUCUAAAUGGGACACAUUGCUCACUUUUUCCAAUGCCACUGAAAGAUUUUUGCCCUGAAAUCUUCAUAUUUUUUUCUCUCCCCACAGAUGCUGCCCAACUUUUUUUGAGUAUUUCCAGCAUAUCGUGUUUGAAUUCGGGACUUCUGCAAUACUUUGCUUUUAAAAAUCUCUGUCUGGCUAUCCACCGUACCCAUUUGCUGAAAUGUUAACCUCAAUGUGCUGUUGUGAAACAAUGAUUUGAAAUAAACAAAAUUGCAAUAAAAACA